AUGUAUGAAUCACCAAAAUGGACACAUUCAAUCAUCAAUAAAAUCAUGUAUAACCCAGCUGGCUUACUUGAACCGCCACCUGUUAUACCUGGACUUCGAUCAUCUCCAUGGGCAGGUUCCUGGAAAAUACCCAAACUCACUUCCCCAAAAGAAAAGAAAGGCAUCUUACACAGUCAAUUUACUUCUCCAGCCAUAUUGAUGAUACAUAUACUUUCAACUCCAUUCACGUCAUCCAGGCAUCGUAGAUAUCUUAUCAGAGAGUUGAAUCUGCUCGAAUCGAUACCGAACGAAUAUAGGCAUCUGAUCGAAUUGAAGUUCGUUCUAGGUAUAUCAAAUACGAAAGAAGGGGAAAAUGGAUGGCUAGAAUCUCGAGAAGAAGAAAUUGAGAUAUCAAAAGAGAAUAAAAUGUUUGGUGAUUUGAUCAGAUUGAAAUUAUUGGAAAAUGGCGAGAAUAUGAACAACGGUAAAAGUUGGGAAUGGUUGAGGUAUGUUGGAAGAGAAGGUGGACGUGAAGCAUGGUGGGUUAUAAAAUGUGAUGAUGAUACUCUACCCCUCUUGCCCAAUUUACUGCCACUUCUACUUUCUCUCGAUCCUUCCAAGCCCACUUACCUCGGAACAUCAUUAGGUAGAUGGACAGGAUAUCAUUACUAUUUCCAAGGGAUGAUGUAUGGAUUUUCUUGGGGUGUGGUCAAGACGAUGGCUGUCGCUGAUGUACCCAGUUCGACAAGGAACUACAAUUGGGAUGAAGAUGCUAGAAUGGGGGAGAUCAUGCUCUCACUUCCAUUCUCCCCUAAGUCAAAUCCCACAUCAAAAAUAUGUUCGCCACCUGCUGUUCCAGAUAGAAAAUGGUCAUUGCCCCCUUCAUCUCCUAACCUGUGUACUGGUCUCGUCAGUCUCGAUCUCGGUCCCAAAAUCGGUGCAUGGAAACACUACUUGAUCGAUGACGAAAGGGCCGCAGUAGCAUGGCACGAGCUCAAGAACCCUGAUGAGUACAUUGAGGCUUAUCAUCAGGCGAAAAACGGAUUCGAAAGGAGAAGGAAGGAGUAUACGUGGGUAGCACCAAAAGUUUUCAAGUCCGUCGCCGAAAUCUAG